GGUACGGUACAUUAGCGUGUGUUGUAUCAAGUUUUUAGACCGACAAGUCACACCUUUUUUUCGGACUGUAAAGUUCAAUCAGAAGACAGAUAGUUUUCAUCUUGCUGAUCGCAAUUUAUUUUGGGGCCGAUCAAUUCCUCAGUUGGCUGUAAGAAGAUCCUCCAUCUCCUCUUGAUUUGGUGACCUGUCCUAUCAUGGCUGAAAAGCUAGCGUCCUUCGGUAAGAUGCUGCUCCGGCGACGGGCGCUGGACUGUAACCAGGAAGAGAGCCACUUCGCCCGCUGCCUGACCACGCUGGACCUUAUUGCCCUGGGGGUGGGUGCCACUCUGGGGGCCGGCGUCUAUGUGCUGGCUGGAGAGGUGGCCAGGGAGAAGGCCGGACCAGCCAUCGUGCUCUGCUUCCUCAUCGCAGCGCUCUCCUCCGUCCUUGCUGGUCUGUGUUAUGCUGAAUUUGGUGCUCGUGUGCCCAAGACUGGUUCAGCCUACAUGUACAGCUAUGUGACUGUGGGGGAAAUCUGGGCCUUCAUCACUGGCUGGAAUCUCAUCCUCUCCUAUGUCAUAGGCACAGCCAGUGUUGCUCGGGCCUGGAGCUCCACCUUUGACAACCUGGUUGAACAGAAGAUCUCAGACUUCUUCAGAGCCUCCAUGUCCAUCAAGGUCCCUGGGAAGAUUCUUGCUGAAUACCCAGACCUCUUCGCCUUCAUCCUGAUCUUGCUGCUCACUGGCCUGCUGGCGUUUGGCGUUAGCGAGUCGGCCCUGGUGAACAAGAUCUUCACGGGGGUCAACCUGGUGGUGCUGGGCUUCGUCAUCAUCUCAGGCCUGGUGAAGGGAGACCGUACCAACUGGAACCUCACUGUGGAGGACUUUGUCAACACAACCAACAUCACUGAUCCAGAGAUAAUUAAAGAGAAGUUUGGCACCGGGGGUUUUGCUCCAUUUGGCUUCAGUGGAGUCCUGUCUGGGGCAGCAACCUGCUUCUAUGCCUUUGUGGGGUUCGACUGCAUCGCAACAACAAGUGAAGAGGCCAAGAAUCCUAUGCGUUCCAUCCCCAUCGGUAUCGUGGCUUCUCUGCUCAUCUGUUUCUUUGCCUACUUCGGGGUGUCUGCGGCUCUCACCCUUAUGAUGCCCUACUACCUGCUGAACAGAGAGAGCCCACUGCCAGAGGCCUUCAGUUAUGUGCACUGGGACCCUGCCCGCUACAUCGUGGCUGUGGGCUCCCUCUGUGCCCUCUCCACCAGUUUACUGGGCUCAAUGUUCCCCAUGCCCCGUGUAAUCUAUGCCAUGGCUGAGGAUGGCCUGCUCUUCCGCUUCCUCUCAAAGAUGAACAUAAAAACCAAGACCCCCCUGUUAGCCACCAUCGUGUCGGGUAUUGUAGCAGCCCUGAUGGCAUUCCUGUUUGAUCUGGCAGCCCUGGUAGACCUGAUGUCAAUAGGAACUCUCCUGGCAUACACACUAGUGGCAGUGUGUGUGCUUAUCCUCAGGUACCAGCCGGGUACCCUGGGCCUCAGCGGUGCCAGUGAGAAGCUGGUGGAGCUGGUGGGUCUGCGGAGGGCAACCAUGGCGGAGGGGGACAGUGGAGACGAGUUUGACCAGGAGGGUGAGGGGGAGACCAGGCCCCUCAGGGAGAGGUUCACCCUCAAGAUGCUGCUGGUGCCCAGCUGUGACGUCCCCACCAAGACCUCCGGACUUAUCGUGUACAUCACUACCGCUGUCAUCUCUGUGGUAUUCACCCUGCUGUGCGUAGUGCUGGCUGUGUGGGGGGCAGAGGUGGUGAGUGGCCACCCCCUGUGGGUCACCAUAUGUGCCAUACUGGCCUUCUUCGCCUUCCUGUGUGUGGCAAUCAUCUGGAGACAGCCCCCGAGCAGACAGGCACUCACCUUUAAAGUACCCCUGCUCCCAGUGCUGCCAUUGGUCAGUAUCUUUGUCAACAUUUACCUCAUGAUGCAGCUGGAUGGGCCAACAUGGUGUCGCUUUGCAGUGUGGAUGACUAUUGGUUUUCUCAUCUACUUUGGUUAUGGGAUUAAGAACAGCUCAGAGGCCACACCCAACCGUGGUAAAUUUGAGACAGUCCUCCGAUCAAAGAGUCCCAUCUACCUGGCAGAGGAUGACAGUGAGGUGGAAGGGAUGACACCUUAGAG